GUGUGUGUGUGUGUGUGUGUGUGUGUGUGUGUGUGUGUUCUUUGUCCCUCCUCCAGCCGUCGGAGGAGCUCUCUCUCCAUCUAGCCGUGCAUCCUGCUCCGGAGCACCGCCUGGAUGAUCCGCCGCCGCACCGACAACAACCUUCACUUCUCUUUCAUUCUGAUUUAACCCUUCCUUCCGCCCCGAGACACCCAUGCUUUGCCCUCCCUCUGAGAUGCGACACCUCUGCACAGUUUCCCGGAGAAUACGUUCAUCUUGUGUCGCUCCUCCUCGCUGAUACAGAGCAGCAUGCCCGACUCGGGGACGGCAGCAGCGGCGGGCGCUGCAGCCGCGGCGGCGGCCGCCUCCUCCUCCGGCGACGGCUCAGACAGCGCCCGGCACCGACACCGACCGCAGCAGGGAGAGGCGGAGAGGCCGGAGCCGGGCGCUGGCCCGCAGCAGAGCUCCUCUGGAGUCCUGGAUAAGCUGUUUGGAAAGCGGCUGCUGCAGGCUGGGAGACACUUCAUGUCUCAUAAGUCUUGGAUGAAAACGGUGCCCACAGAGAACUGUGAUGUCCUCAUGACAUUUGCAGACACUACGGAUGACCACACGUUAUUAUGGUUACUGAACCACAUACGGCUGGGAAUCCCGGAGCUYAUUAUUCAAAUCCGACAUCAUAAGCACACCGGAGUCUACGCGUUCUUCGUCACAGCUACGUACGAAAAUUUGCUGCGAGGAGCCGAGGAAAUGGGACUGAGGAAGGCGGUGAAGCCCGAGUUUGGUGGAGGAACACGGAGCUUCUCCUGCGAGGAAGACUACAUCUACGAGAACAUCGAGAGCGAGCUGUGCUUCUUCACUUCGCAGGAGAGGCAGAGCAUCAUCAAAUACUGGCUGGACAAUCUACGUGCCAAACAGGGGGAGGUUCUUCACAACGUCAACUUCCUGGAAGGCCAGCCAAUCAUUUCCGAGUUGAAAGCCAGAGGUGUGAUCCAGCAGAUAUUUCCUCUUCAUGAGCAGAGGAUCCUGGGUCAGCUGAUGAAGUCGUGGGUCCAGGCUGUUUGUGAGAAGCAGCCUUUAGACGAUAUAUGUGACUACUUCGGGGUGAAGAUCGCCAUGUAUUUUGCCUGGCUGGGUUUCUACACCACCUCUAUGUUGUAUCCUGCUGUGAUCGGCUUUGUGCUCUGGAUGCUCACCGAGUCCGAUCAGACGAGCCGUGACAUCUGCUGCGUGGUAUUUGCACUGUUCAACGUGGUUUGGGCCACUCUUUUCCUGGAGCGCUGGAAGAGGAGGGGAGCCGAGCUGGCGUACAAGUGGGGGACGCUGGACACACCCGCCGAGUCCCUGGAGGAGCCACGACCGCAGUUCCGGGGAGUCAAGCGCUGCAGUCCGAUAACGGGACGCGAGGAGUUCUACUAUCCUCCGUGGCGACGGCGUGUUUUCAGGUGGCUGGUCAGCCUGCCCAUCUGCAUCCUGUGUCUCUGCUUUGUCUUCCUGGUCAUGCUCAUCUGCUUCGAGCUGCAGGAGUUUGUGAUGGGGAUCAAGGAAAUGCCUCGGCUYGCUCGCUUCAUCCCCAAAAUCAUGCUCGCCAUCACUGUGACUGCAUGUGACGAGGUGUACAGGAAGAUCGCCUGCUGGCUCAACGACAUGGAAAACUACAGACUCCAGAGUGCCUAUGAGAAAAAUCUCAUCAUCAAAAUGGUUCUUUUUCAGUUUGUAAAUUCUUAUCUCAGCCUUUUUUACAUCGGAUUCUACCUCAAAGACAUGGAGCGCCUGAAGGAGAUGCUGGCCACUCUUCUCAUCAUCCGUCAGUUCCUUCAGAACGUGAAGGAGGUGCUGCAGCCSUACCUGUACGAGCGCCACAAGCUGGGGGAGCUCACGCUGCGGGCCGUGUGGGACCUGCUGCUCUCGGUGCUGCUGAAGUACGCCCGGCUGGCAGCUGGAAAGGCCCAGGCCUCUCCCGCCGACCAGACCCUGCCAGGACCCGGACUGAGGGGCUCCAGGCUCGGAGCGGGGCCGGCGGAUCAAAGGGAGAAGAAGUGUUUGAACGGUGGCUGUGGAGUGCCUGACGAGGAGGAGGGAGGCGAGCGGGACGAGGCCGACAGCGGGAGGUUCAGUGAGGGAGAAACCGAAGAGGAGAGCGUGAUCGACUGCGGCUUGAAGCUGAGGAAAGUCAGCUUCAUAGAGAAGGUGGACAGAAGGCCAGUCUGCGGUGGAGCCCCCAUGGAACACAGCUUCCUGGAAGAAGGGAGCCCCACCAUGGUGGAGAAAGGAAUGGACCCUGCCUCCGUCUUUGAAAUGUGCGAUGACGAAGACGAUAAUGGAAUCCAUGAUGUAAAGGAGUUGGGAGGGGGCGGAGCGGAGGGAAUUAACGCCGCUGCCGCUGCCGCUGCUGCCGGCGAYGGCGCUGCCUCGCUGCCCUCUGGCUCUGAGAGCAGCACAGCGCUGCGACACAGAAGAAGAGGCCAGAGCGCGGAGAGGACCGAGGCUAAAGCAAAGAGGGGCUCGUGGAUGGAUCCGCCUGAAGAGACGGAGAGCACCACGCUGACUCAGGCCGAGCUGGAGAGCUGCAUGCAGACAUACGCUGACACCUUCCAGGACUAUCAGGAGAUGUUCGUCCAGUUUGGCUACGUGGUGCUCUUCUCCUCCGCCUUCCCUCUGGCCGCCAUGUGUGCGCUCAUCAACAACAUCAUCGAGAUCCGCAGCGACGCGUUCAAGCUGUGCACCGGGCUGCAGAGGCCGUUCGGGGUCCGGGUGGAGAGCAUCGGCCAGUGGCAGACUGCGAUGGAAGCCAUGGGCCUGAUUGCCAUCAUAGUGAACUGCUACCUGAUUGGUCAGUGCGGUCAGCUGCAGCGCCUCUUUCCGUGGCUCAGUCCGGAGAUGGCCAUCAUCUCUAUAGUCAUCCUCGAGCACUUUGCGAUCCUCCUGAAGUACAUCAUCCAUGUGGCGAUUCCUGACAUUCCUACGUGGGUCAAAGAGGAGAUGGCUAAACUGGAUUAUCAACGCAGGGAGGCUUUUAAGAAGCACGAGCGGCAGGCGCAGCAGCAUUACCAGCAGCUGCAGAGGAGGAAGAGGGAGGAAGAAGAGAGGCAGCGGCAGGCGGAGCACAUGGCCCGCCGAGAGAGGGAGCGGGACGACGGCAAGGGCGACUCCUCCGGGGACCACCACCACGACAAAAACCACGGGAGCAAGUCCCGUUCCGGCGGCGGCGGAGGAGGGAGCGGCGGCUCGGACAAACCCAAGAGACCCAGCUCGCUGCUGGCGAACAACAACGUGAUGAAGCUGAAGCAGAUCAUCCCGCUGCAGAGCAAGUUCUCCUCGGGUGGCGCCCGCUCCCCGCAGUCGCCCACCGGCAGCGAGCCCAAACUGCCGGGAUUCCUCAGCUUCAAGUUCCUCAAGUCGCCGGAGAACAAGAAGGACGGAGCCGCAGCGGCUUCCUCUGCCGCUGCGGCUGCGGUCACCAGCGCCACAGCGGCAGCUUCGUCGUCAUCUUCACUAUCAGGUAGCAGCUCUCAGGAGCGUUCUCAGUCACCCAGCAAAGCCUUCAAUCCCGGGAAACUGUUUAACUUUGGGAAAUCUGAAGGAGGAGCGUGUGUGAACGGAGCUCCGGGGCCCAGACCUGGAGAUGGUUCUUCAUCAUCAUCAUCAUCAUCAUCACAGAUGUCAGACAGACAAGCCUCCCGAUCCGACCUGAACGGUGUUCCCGACGAGAUCCCUUCACCUCCGAGAGAAGGGUCCGAAAAUGGACACGCGGUAGAUUUGGACCCGGCCAGUUCGAAAAUCUAACCUGUUUGUUUCUGAGUCAGCUGACGAGUCGACGAGCUUACUGUGAGGAAGGGUUCAGUCUGUGCCGUCAUAAACCACGAGGGAGAUGAGAGGAUGUUGAUUUGGUUUGGGGUUUUAGGUUUUUGCGGAAAAACAACAACAAAAAAUAACAUUCUUCAUCAGACAGAUGAGAAACCAUUCCCUCGUUGAGUAAAAACACACACACACACAAAAAUCCUUCCUUGUCUGCAAUACAUAAAGAAAUGCAUGAGCUGCAUUUCUACUAUUUUAAGCCUUUAAAACACAAAGCUGUUUCAUGAUUUCCUUUAGUCAGAAAUUGUAAGCAUCUUGGUGGCCUCUUAGGAAAAAAAAAACAACAAAAAACAGUCCGUCGUGGAAAAUAUGCGUUGAAAUAAAUAAUAGUGGUGUGAAAGAAUAACCGAUUAAACUAAAAAUAACUUUUGUUUUUUUUUCAAGCUAUUACAUCACAAGUGGUCAUUUUAUCUCUUUAUAUUGUGAGAAUUUCUUGGCCUUUUUUUUCUUCAAAUAGAAAAAUUGAAAAGCAAUAUCAGUCAGUGUUUUAAUAACCAAUCAAUCAUGACGAAAAGCCCUCCCUCUCAUUAAUCCUCAUCCCUGAAAACUCACCAGCUUUAGUUGGGAAAGCAGAGGUGAUGCCUGAGCGUUCAGCUUCCCUGACCACAUUUAUCUGAACACAAAGAGUCAAGCUGCCGGCGCCCSGAUUGUUCCUGAGAGAAAAUGGGAAAACACACAAACACACACGGAGAAAAAGCAGUAGCUGAAGGUGAUUUUGAGAAAGUGGAGCAUGGAGGCCUGUUGCGGGCUGUUCUCCAUCCAACCCUGUAGCGUUAGCUUAGCGCCUGUAAACACAGACGGUGCUUCAUUUCACUCACUCCACACAGACUUGGCAAAUGAGUUCGAGAAGAGAAACCUGCACUUAAACCCUGACAUCCUGCAUGGAGACGCAUCCUCCAUUCAGGAAAUAAAAUAAUUUAUUAACACCAGCCUGAUUCAUUAUGUUAUGCAAAAAAAAUUAUUUUUUAAUAUAUAUAUUUCAGUAUUUCCUUUGAGUUUUUCUCCCAGCAGCUGUUUGAUUGUAGAAUAUUCAGAUGGGCUUAUUUUUUUGUAUUAGUUGUUUUGUGAUUGUUUUUCAUUUACGUCUACAUUUUUCAGAUAAUAUGGUUAUCCCAAGAUUUACAGUAUUCUACAAAAGAUAUUAGCAUUUAAUUAUUUCAUAAUAGAAGAGUACAAAAACGGGGGGAAAACAUGUUUUCCUUGCUGAUGCCCGUCACCAGUAACAGUUUGAGUUUUUCAUCUGAAUCUAUGGAGGGCUCAAACUGACAUCAUUAAAAAUAAAAGCAGAAAUACAUAAAUGCCCAAAUAAAUAAAUACGCUUAAAAUGCACUAGCUAAUUUCAAACUGACUUUCAUAUUUAUUUUUCCAGCUUAGUUUCAAGAAAUUAUAUACUUUAAAUUAUACUGUUUUAAUGGACCACCCACUUAAUUUGCAUAAUGAGGCAGAAAUGCAUGAGGUAAAGUUAAAAACAGGAGACAGAAAAUAUUAUUCAAUUACAAUUAGUUUUUGUUCAUAUUUGUUUAUUUUGUCUGGAGGGACUACAGGUGUAAAUUAGCCUAAUGCAUCAAAUGUUUUUACAUUUGUUUUAUUUGUUCAUUGUCCUAAUUAAAUAAAAAUAAACGGAUGAAUAAAAACAGCAUGGAAAUAGAAAGACUUGUGGCAUAAAACAAUUUAAAAAAAUUAAAAAACAUUUUAAGAGACAAAUGCAUGUAAAAGUAAAAUAAACAAAAAAUAUGUUUUUAAAAACAGUAAAACUUAAAGUAUAGAACUUAGCUAAAAUGAAUAUGAAGGUCAGUUAAACUAUAAACAUGAGGUAAAGUUCUUUUUUUCUAUUCAUUUGUGCAUUUUAAGUGUAAUUAUUUCUUUAUUGGUCCAUUUAAAUAUUUCUGUUUUUAUUCAAAAUGAUGUCAGUUUCAGUCCUCCAUAGAUUUCCUGCCCUGUUUGCUAAAUAAUAUAAUCAUAACUUUUUAUUAAUGAUGUCUUUGCUCCAUUUCAUUUAAGCUYGCGUCUUUGUGCACAAAAUCCCACAACAACUUGAUGUUUAUCAGUCUCUGAGGCCCUGUUCACACCUGGUACUAACAUCUGUCCUGAGCUGCAGCUGGAUACCACUAAAUACACGUGAACAUUCUCAACGUAACAKCUUCACUCAGACCACCUUUAGAGGUGGAUAAAUGUGUUUUUCAACCUUCAGACAUGGUAUGGACCCCUUUUUUUGUCUGUUUUGUGGUCCAAACUACAAAGCCUGACGUGUUGAUGUCGACGUGAAGUUAUUGUGUUAAUCUGACUAUUGAAAUAUUUGUUGCAGCACUGUUUAUAAGUGCACGAUUAACCGGUAAUUCGGUAACUGAGAGAUCAGAUCAGUAGCUGGCUUAGGAAUAGAUAUAGCCUCCUGCUACAAGGAUGUAGCAGCAGCUGGUUGUGCAGURGUCUURGUUUUGGCCCUGGGACCACUUGGAACUGCUCCGUCGAGCUCAAGCUGAAUGCACUCGUCUCCCAAAAUCAYUUGACUCAGUUUGACCCACCACUGGGUGGAUCCUGUAGUUAUUCUGGACGUUGUGUCGUUUUUAUAGAAACAUCCGCACAUCUUGUUGCUGACUGUGUGACGCAGCUUCACUUAUCUGCGYACAGAUCAGGAAACUGAUAACUUAUUGCAACAAAUGUUUUUAAACAGCAAGGAUUACACAAGACAGAAAGUUAGUGCGAGGUCUGAAAGAGGCAAUUUUUACCAAAUAAGAUUUAAAAAAAUCGGAACGUGCCAAAAGCUUUUACAUGGUACUUUUAAAUCUGUUGUUUUAUUAAAAGUUGAUGAUGAGACGUUCUAUUUAUUUAUUUACUUACUUAUUUUCACGACUUAAGCCCAUCAUUAUUUCUGCAGAGUCUCCMGACCUAUUCCUUUAACCUUCAACAUGUAAUCAUCAGAGUGCAUCAUGCAGGUCAGGUGUCCCUCUAAAAGGAAGUGCAUUAGAUGACRCACACUCAUCAGGAAAUGUUUUCCGCUGCACUGCACUGUGGUACGAGACAGGAACAUCAGCUAUGCAUUUACACACUUCCACCUCUGACAGGGCAAUAACACUGAGUUGAAGUUGUGAAACAAUAAGUUCAGACUGACAUCGCCACCUGCAGUACCAGCUGCAUCCCUCCUUAAUGUCCAUUAACCGUCCUGGAAUCUCAUUUUAAUGUGAAGGAUUUAAACUGGCCUUUAAGAAAAGUCAUUUAUCCCAUCAGCCACCUGUCAAAAGAAUUCACCAGCUUGAUUUUUAUACCAUCGCCUCUGAUGUGUCAGCCUUUUAUGUUCAGUUUAUUUCAAAGGAGAGUAAAUGUGAUUUAAACAAACGGGCAAAAAUAAAAUUAAUAAUGCAACAGAGGAUAAACGAAACCAUUUUUUCCUGUUAGUAUACAAUGUGAUAAAGAUUGUUUUUGGGUUUGUUGAUUAUAAAUGUAAAACUGAGGAUGCUGAGGUUGAGAGAAAUACAUCGCAGGCAUCGUUAAAGGGAAAAACAUGGCUGAGCUCAGUCUCAUUAAAACCACUUUUUUAUUUGCAGCGUUUCAGGGAUGAAGGACAUCAUGAUGCAGAAGAGUCCAUCUAUCACCGUCUGUAAACUUGUGCAGUGGAAGCACUCUAAAAAUAGGGGCCGAGGGCAAAGGUCGAGGUGUUUGCUGACGCUGCAGUACAGCAGUGAGCAAGUCUAGUCAUACCGUUAUGUGCUGUUAUAUUCUUUAAUCUUCAAAAUACAACAAUUAUAAAUGUCUUUGUACUCAAGGCAGCUGCAAAAUGAAUCUAGAAGACAAAACACCUUUUAAUAAACCCGACUUGAUGAAUCAGAGCUUGAACAGUUUCACGAAAAAACUUCCAUCUUUUAUCUGAAACAGCAGCAUUAUUGUUGUAACAAAAAUCAAACCGCUGAGACGUGAAAUAAAACACCUGGUAUUAUCUUAACUAUUCGUCUAGKGGGGGAAUAAUUGCAGGAGGACUGAAUGUAUCUGGUAAAUGUUUCRUGUUCUGGGUUCUGACUCCACAGCUACAAUAAACCCGAACCUCAAAAUUUAGACGUUUUCAAAGAACAUCAUACGCUCUUCCAAUGUACAAAAAAAAAAAA